CCUUAGAGCCGGAGGGCAGUGAGGACCCGCGGAGUCAUCUAUCUUGCCCCCGUCGCAGCGCGCCAGGACCAUGUCGGCGGAGACCGCGACCGGCCCCACGGAGGACCAGGUGGAGAUCCUGGAGUACAACUUCAACAAGGUCGACAAGCACCCGGAUUCCACCACGCUGUGCCUCAUCGCGGCCGAGGCCGGCCUUUCCGAGGAGGAGACCCAGAAAUGGUUUAAGCAGCGCCUGGCAAAGUGGCGGCGCUCAGAAGGCCUGCCCUCAGAGUGCAGAUCCGUCACGGACUAAGGAGAUGGCAGGCACUGACAGCUUCACUCCAUGAAGGCCAUCUGCUGUUUCUCUCCUCUGCUUAACCAAGCUAUUGUGGUUUUUCAGCAUAGUGUUGUAUGUUCCGUUGCUAGCUGUCCUGCUAUUUAACAGUGUUGUAUUUUUUUCUAAAUGUACAUAGUUAGAAAAGAAAAUAACAAUAGGAAGCUACAUGUAUCUUCUGUGUAAAGCAGUGGCUUCACUGGAAAAAUGGUGUGGUUUGCAUUUCCCCUUGAGUCAUGAUGACAGAUGGUGUGAAAACCAUCUAAGUUUGCUUUUGACCAUCACUUCCCAGUAACAAUUUGCUUUCAUAAUCCAUUUGGCAAUCCAGGCCUCUGUUGAAAAGAUAAUAUGAGGGAGAAGGGAACACAUUUCCUUCUGCACUUACUUCCCUAAGUCACUUUCCUUAUGUUUCAUCUAAUACAAUGAUGGUUGAGUUAGAAUACAGAAGGGGUGUUUGAGUAUUCAGAUUUCAUAAAACACUUCCUUGGAAUAUAGCUGCAUUAACUUGGAAAAAAGCCUGUUAGGCUGGAAGACAGAAACUCCAACUGGCAAAAAAGCAAGGAUCUAAGAAAAAAAACCACCAAAGGUCUUGAAUUCACUGUAUUUAAAUGCAUUGGUUAAGUUUAUUUUGCUAAAUAAAGUGAACUACUUUUUGUCUCUAAAAUGAUAUUCUAAAUAAAACCUUAACUUUUUGUUGAAGA